CAGUCAGCCGAGUUUGUUUUUCUUCUGUGGGGAAUCUAAUUGUCGGUCGUAGUUAUUAUCGACUCCAAAAAGAUUGCACAUCAUGAGACUAUCACUGAUUCGGUUUGCACGGUUGAACCCGUCCGUGAAAGAACUACGAUUGCACCUAUGCCAAACCGGCGAAGAGUCCAAGGGCGUGCGGGAGUUUGUGAACACUCGCUACGUCCAGCUGAAACGAGAUAAUCCGUCUCUGCCAAUCCUAGUACGGGAGUGUAGCGGAGUCCAGCCGAGACUUUGGGCUCGUUACGAACUUGGAAAGGAAAAAUCGGUUACAUUGACCAACGCCACGGCGGAAGACAUCUCGAAGCACAUUGAAACGUUGGGAAAAGGCCACUAGAAUCCAGUGUAGUAAAAUGUUUGCCACAGUUUGUUAUUUGGAACGAUAGGACAUUGAAUGUAACCAUGAGCACCACAGUCAAUGUGCAUGAGGUAAUGCAAAUAAACUAAUUUAAAAAAACGUAGAGAACAGCUACCGAUCUGGUAAACAUCAAUAAUGAUCUUACGGUAGACCAGUGGGAACCACAUACCUUACAUUUUCAUAUGUUUAUAGGGAAGUUUCCUCAUAUUUUAUUCUCAUACUUAUAGUCUUACAUCUAGUUCAUUGUUGAACUGGAACAGAGGUCACGAAACUAUUGCUCUUUUGCGAAAUUUUGUAUUUCACCUCGAGGCUACUAUUUUUUACACCAUCGACAGUAAUCAUGAGAAAGCAUACCGAUUCGCAAUGUUUGUUAAAUCGAUUCCACCUUGAUAACGAAACGUUAAUUCGUUUUUCUUAUUAGUUUAGUCAAAUAUGAAAAUUUACCUAAAA